UUAUAAUGUAUUAUAUGUUAUAUGAAUCUUUGAAUAAGUCUCCGAUUAUUUAUUUUCAUCCAUUAUGUAAUAUUUUGUUUGUAUCUAGUAAAUAAUUGUUAGUUAUUUUAUUUUAUUUUUGCGGAGGGAUAUAUUCCCCCAGUGAAGACGGCAACACGCGCUACCUGUGUCGACAGUGUUAAUAUUGGUGCCAGUAGUUUGUGCUAGUAACGGCAGGAGCGACGAGGACAAUAAUCCUAAUGCUGGAUUAAUCUGAUUUUAAUUAAAGCCAGGGCUUUACAUCGAUGGAAUAUACUUUGACGUUUUGAUUUACGGAACUUCAGGUAAGUUGUUUUUAAAAUGCCUUUGCUGGGGAAGAUAGUGGUGAUCAAAAGAAAUGGAGGAGAUGGCACUGAAUUUCCCCUCACAGCAUCCUGUCUGUUCGGAAGGAAGCUGGAUUGUGACAUUCGUAUUCAGCUGCCGCAGGUGUCUAAAGAGCACUGUAAAAUUGAGCUGAAUGAGAACAAGGAGCUCAUUUUGACCAAUUUGAGCUCUGUGAACCCCACACGUAUUAAUGGACAAGUUUUUAAUCAAUCUGAACGGUUAAAGCAUGGUGAUCUCAUCACAAUCAUUGAUCGUUCUUUCAGGUUUGAGUACCCACCUCCUAAGACACCGAAGAAGAAGAGGCUGUCCACGGCUGGAAAAGACAAAACGGUUCAGCCUUUGCAAGACCAGCAGGAAAAAAGCACACCCAUUCACGCAGAGAAGAGGAAGUCCGAGCAUUCGUUUGACACUUGUUUAAAAGAUGGGUCAAAUUUACCAGCAUCUGUGGAACAAUCUGUUGAGACUGAACCAGAAGAUGGCAAAAUUAAAAAGGACAGUAUGUCACCUUUUUGUGAGCUCUACCAAAUGGUCAAACAGGACCUUGCUGCUAAAUCACCAUGGAAAUCUGAGCUACCAAAAACACCUCUUGCAAGACCACAGGUUGAUCACAAGGAAGCUCCCACUGCAGAUGUUAAAAGUAGUCCUAAACCGGUCACGACUCCAUCUACCAAGAAGCGAAGAUCCUCAAAAUCCAGUUCUGAUGAUAUGACUGGACCAGCUAUUGCUCAGAGCUCAUUUAAUGCAAAUCAGGAAGAGAAACCUGCUGAUGAUAUGCCAUCUGUAGGGUCCAUCACCCCCUCGCUGACAGAGAAAAGUGUAACUCCUGUCUCCCAGAAGAAGAGGACACCCUUGAAAACACCUCAGAAGUUCAGUGCUGGUGAGGUUGUCCAGCAAAUUCUCUUAGAGCCACAGUCUGAGGAGAAAACGCCUAAAUCCCCAAAAGGAAGGAGAAGUGGUGGAUCACAGGAUCAGAGCCUUGCUCUCCAAAUGCUUUCGGGCCAGCCUCAGACUCCAGGCCUGAUAGGUAAGAACACUGAAGUGAAAAUGUCACCAAGAACAUCCCCAAGAUCAAAUGCUGGAAAAAGGUUUCAAGUCCAAGAUGUUCUGCAUGAUGUUAAGGCUACAACAUCAGCUUCUAAGAACAAAGAUGGCACUUCAGUUAAUGAUCUGUGCAAAGGCAACAAAUCUCACACUGAAGUAACAGUUCCAAAAGCAAAGAGAAAGCGAGUAUCCUUUGGUGGACAGUUGAGCCCAGAGCUAUUUGACAAACGCCUGCCCCCCAAUUCCCCCCUCCGCCGUGGAGCAACCCCACGGCGCAGUUUGGGACCUUCCCAGAAACCUCAAUCUCUCCUACGACGAGCAUCCACCAUUGGUCUUUUGGCUCUUCGACUUGAAGAAACAGUUCCACGUGUUCAAAAUAGUUCUCCAAAGAAAGCUUCACCCAAACGGGCAGCAUCUGCAGCGAAGACUCCAUCACCUGCCAAAAGGUCACCGAGUACCAAGGCUAAAACGCCAUCACCAAAACGUCAAAAGUCACCAUCUGCUUCACCCAAGGUAUCUACACCAUCCUCUACUCCUGCCACACCCAAGACACCUGCAUCUGCUAGAAGAGCAUCAACUUCAGCAGUUGAGGCUGCGGGUGGCAUGUCUUUAACUGAGACACCUAGGGUGCAGGGGAGGUUUUCAGUCUCUCGGAUCAGUACUCCGUCGCCUGUCCAGGACCAGGGGGAGCAGCCUGAAGUACAGUCGACCAUUGUAGAAGACAUGCCUCAGAAGUGUGUGACUCCAAAGAUACCCUUAAGGAGGAAGAGCAUGAAGUCUUCUGCGAGAAAAACUCCUAAGAGUGCAAUUAAAAGUGCACUUGAUGUAAUUCGUUCAAGACGCAGUGGAGCCUCACGGGCUAAUCUAAAAGUGUUGACCUCUUGGGCUGAUAUUGUGAAGUUUGGUCAGACCAAACCUCAAACAGAAGUUGCAACUAAGAAAAAACCUACAAAGAGCAGCAUAGUCAAAAAAAUGGCAGUGCCAAAAUCCAAGACACCUGCACGGAGGCUGAAGGAUGAUAUCAGCACUGGGCAUGCAGCAUCUCCAGUCACCAUCGUUGUUGGCAAAGCCCAUAUGAGGACUAACCAGUCUUGUGGUGCUGCACCUAAAAUAGUCCCCAACAUAGCACUAUUCAAGAAGGACAUGAAAAUGGACGAGGACUUUACAGGUGUUGCAGACAUUUUCAAAACACCAGCCAACAGCAGGUCUAAGAAUAAGGUUCCCAUAAAUAAUGAAUGUCCAGAGAUGCCUUUGGAUGAGAUUUCAGUCAUGAAAACACCAGAAGAAUCAGGUGAAAUGGUUGUCUCUCCACUAAGUGUGAUCUCCACUGCAAAAUGUGGACAGUACAACAAUGAAGCAGUCACACGACUUCUUUUAGACAACAAGGAUGGUAGUUUAUUGGAAGAUGAAGGUCUUUCUCAACUCACUGACAACUCAAUUGAGGCAAGUGGCCAUGACAUCAUUCCAGAUCAAGAGAUGCCCCCCAAUGACCAAACAGUGGAAGAGGAGGCUGCCCCUGAAACGGUAGUCGAAACCCCAAAACAGAAAGCAGCGCCAGCCUUGUGCCUCACUGGAGUAAAGCGACUCAUGAAGACACCCAAACAGAGGGCUGAACCAAUUGAGGAUUUAAGAGGAAAGCUGCUCAAGACCCCCAAGGAACAUAAACCUCCCCAGGAAGAAAGUUUGGAAGGCAUUAAGGAACUCCUAAAGACUCCCAAAUACAGGGGAGCUCCAGUAGAAGACAUGGUUGGAGUGAAAAGAGUGAUGCAGACCCCUAAAGUAAAAAGCAAGCCUGUACUGUGUGCAGCGGGUCUUCAGAGGCUUAUGAAAACGCCCAAAGAAAAGUCUGAGCAACACGAAGAACUCACUGGUGUGCAAGAACUGAUGCAAACACCGAAAUUAAAGGGAGACCUGGAGGAGAAUCAGUUUGGGCUGAAAAGAUUGGUGAAAACACCUAAACGGAAGAGGAAUCAAGUUGAAGAGGACCUAACUGGUGUUCAACAACUGAUGAAGACCCCUAAACACAAAGGAGAACCAGUUGAAGAUCAAAUGGGUAUACAAAGGCUGAUGCAGACUCCCAAAGAGAAGGUUGAACCUGCAGAGGAUUUGCAGACCCCCAAGCAAAAAGGAGAACCUUUCAGCAAUGGAGAAGCGAUGGCAGAGGAAGAUAUCACUGGCUUUAAAGAACCUGAAGAACCAGAGAAUAAUUCUACCCUGACAACAGAAAAUGAUGUGACUGAACCUACUGAGAUACAAGGGCCUGUUGUAGCAGUUGAAAGUGGUUCUGCAUUCAUGCCAGCUAAAGGUUUUGAUGAGGAAUGUGACAAAGAAAAUGUCUGUCCUGUUGAAACCAUGGAGACUGAAGUGGAUUCUCAGUGCACCACUGAAGUCAUUGAUUCUACGCACAGUGAUGUAGAGACUGAUGCUGUAAUCCCCCAGGAAAAACACCCUGACAAGAUUGAAGAGGAGUCUGUUUCAGUUGAAGCUAUUGAUGUCUGUUUUUCUGGAACAGAUGAGAAAUCCGAAGAGCAUUCUGAAGAAACUGUGUGUACCUCUGAUAAUAGCAAUGCAACAGUUGAAACUACCCCAACUUCAUCCACUGCUGAGGAAGAUGAGAGUGAGAUGAUCAAGCCUUCACUUCCCAAAAAAAUUCAGCGGGGCAUUCGAGGAAAAGCAGCACAGAAAUCCAAAAAUGCUAAUAAUGACAAGGCCAAAGUCCCUGCUGUGUUAUCGGUAACUGAAGAGGAAAAUUUGAAUGGUUCGCUUCCCUCUAGCACACCCAGGGCAAGGAGAGGCAAGAAACUUCUCGAAGUUCCAGAAGUCGCUGCCAGCCCAGUCAGAAAAUCUGCUCGUGGAAGAAUUCCCAAGCACCGCUUUGUGGAUGAAGAGGCAAAGAACACUGAGGCUUCCCAAGUUUCUGUAGACUCCAUGAAAACUAAAAUAUCAGAAUGCCUUCCUGUAGUUACCAAAACCAGGAGAGGAAGAAAACCUAAACAAGAUGAUGAAGCUGCAAUUGAGCCCGUUGAUGAUAUAAAUGCUGGUGACCCACAGUGUCCUGACGCACCUGCAAAUGAAGAGCUGGUCCAAGCCCCUGUUGUAAAGCCUGGGAGGAGAAAGAAAUUGGAUAAAACAGCUAGCCAUCCUUCAGAAGAACUUGAACAGAAAACACCUGAAAUUGUUUGUGAGGAAAACGCUGUUGUACCAGAAAGUGUCAAAUUGGUGACUUCACUAGUUACGGAGACUGUUUCUGCAACUAGAGCUAGGAGGGGAAGGCCAGCAAAGAAGGAACUCGUGAAAACUGAGCCAACCCCUACUUUGGAAAGUGAAAUUACCAGCACUCAUGCUGUUGUAGUGGCUGAGAAGCCUAUGACACCUGCAGCAAAGUCAGGGCGAGGAAGGAAGGCUAAAAAAGAAAUUGUCAAAGAGCAACUCUUGGAUGAUGAUGCCAUGGUGGUUUCCCAAACCGUGGCAGAGGUGAAUGUUGACCAUAAAGAUGAACCUGAAGCACCUGUGGUCAAGUCCGGCAGAGGGCGGAAGGCCAAACAGCAGAAACCACAGAUGGCUGAAGAGGUUCCACAGAUGGCUGAAGAGGUUCCACAGAUGGCUGAAGAGGUUCCACAGAUGGCUGAAGAGGUUCCACAGAUGGCUGAAGAGGUUGACCAUCAACCAGCUGUAGAUGCCAGCACACAUGUACCUGUGACUGAGGAACACACUGAAACAGAGGUGAAAUCUGUGAGGGGUAGUAGGAAGACAAAGCAGUCAAAGGUGACUUUUUCAGUUGAGACUGAGGAGAACAUUGUCAACCUUGUUGAACAAGCAGAGACUCCUGUUGUGAAAUCUGGUCGAAAAAGGGCUGUUAUUGCAAAAGAAACAGCAGAAGUCGAGGCAGAAGUUUCUGUCAAAAGAGGUCGCCGUGCUGUUGCAGAACCUGCACCACCAGUUGCUGUGGUGUCCAGCCGUGGACGUAAAGCAGUUGCCAAGGUAGAGUUGGAGGUUACUGAGGAUGUAGCUUCAUCAGAAGAGCCAGCUAAGCCUGUUAAACACACCAGGCGAACAGCAAAAGCACCUGAAUCAAAGAAAGAAGAAAAUCCUAUGACACAGGCAGAUUCUGAAUCAGUUGCUGCUGAGAAUGCAGCAAUUGUGGCACUGGAGAAGGUGGAAAGAGGAAGCCGUGGCAGAAAACUGAAGGAUUCAACUAAGGCCAUCCCUUCCAAACCAAUCAAAGAAAUUUCUAAAGAUGAGGAAGCUAGUGAAAUUAAACCCUCAAAAAAUGUGGUCAUCUCUAAAAACAUUGAAGAGGUUGAACCUUCUACUGAUGUAGAAGAACAACAGCUGAAGAAAUCUAAAAGGUUAGGCAAAAUACCAGCUGAGACGUCCUCCACAUCAAAUCAGUCAACUGAUUUGCCACCCAGAGGCCGCAGAGGAGCCAAAAAAGAAGAGGAACAUCCUGUUGAAGAAGUUCAGAUAAAAGUCAAGCCAUUAAGGAGAGGAAAGGCAGUGGGCUCUGCUGCACCUAAAUCAGACCCCAGUGAUGGUAAGGCAUCAACUCCCCUCAAAAGGAAAAGGAAUGAUGUAUUGGAGGUAACUGACGAGUCAUCAAAUAAGGAACCUUUGCCAAAGAAAAGGGGCAGAGUAGCCAUCAGCACUAAAGCUGCAACUGAGGUCUCCAGCAAAGAGAAAACACCUGAUGCUGAACCAGAGAAGGCUGAGGCUACUCCCAAGAAGGCUAGUAAUAGAGCUGUAAGAGGACAGAAAAAGACAGCCCAGGAACCAGAUCCAGCACCUGCUCAGGAGUCCGUUUCAGGGACCACCACUCGAAGAGGAAGAGGUGUGAAAAAAGUAGAGGAAGUGGACAUCUCUACUGAGGCAGCUCCCGUCAGGCGAACCAGGAGGAAGUAAAGCACUGAUCUUACAGAGUGGUCUUAAUCUUCAAAUCUGUGUAAUCUCUGGGAAAAAAAAAGUUUUAGUUUUAUAUGUCUGUACUAUUUCAUUAUGACAUUUUUCUAUAACAUGCCCAGUGUAAUUUUAGCUUUUAUCUUUAGGUAAAACUGUUUGUGUACACUUAUCAAAUGUUUUAAUUCAACAAAAAGUUAAGACCAUUUUCUACAUUUAAACAUCCCUCAGAAACAUUUAUCUUCCAUAUUCCCUUCAUGCUUUUAUUUUUAUUUUUUUUAGAAAUGUAUUAAAAGAAUAAAAUAAGUGAGGGUACAAAACCAGGCUUAAGCGGUUACAAUUUGCGUGUAAUGUGGCUUAGUGGUGUGACAUGCUUGAAAGUUUUCAUUAAAAAGAUGUUUGUAACCUCA